AUGGGUAAUUUUACAGACCCGGGAUCGGUUAAUUCACAGGAUUCGACGAGUUUCACUUAUGCAGAACAAGUUCCCCUCUUCCCGGAAUCUGUCCAUGGGACCUCUUCGAUCGAUACGCAAACAGCUCUUCGUGAGAUGACGGAGAUACGAUUUAGUGAUGAUCAGAGCUACAGAAACUCCGAUUCAAAGCUAAAAGAGGUGCUCAAUCUCGGAGUAUCAACACAAUACUCCGGUCUUCCAAAGAGGCCUAUAACUCCCAACCACGAUCGAAGUCUCUCAAUCAGUCAAGACCUUCCCAUGAAGUCGGUACAAUUUCAAAGAUUGGAUGGCACAGAGUUGGUGCCAAAGGAGGAUCAAGAACAAGAAUUCCUUACCCGUAGAUCUCAAUGGACGAAUAUACAAUCGAGGUCCAAGAGAAGAACAUUUCUCAAGCGGUCACUUUCUUACAAGAACAUGAUAUUUAAAAACGCGCCAAGAAAGUCACAUCUAAAGAGCAUUGUGAAAAAAAGUGACUCUGAUUCUCGACCUGCGUGUCGCAAGUCCAAAAUAUACCCUCGCCGUUAUUUUCAACCUUCAACAAGCUCGAGCUCGGACAUGGUCAACGACAACAAUUGGUCUCAAAUUCUGGAUGAAUACAUCUCGCAAAGGUGUUAUGAUAAAAAUGUCAAUCUCAGUACUAUUGCUGAAUUCACCAGGUGCUGGCCUCCACCUCCCUCUUAUGCGAACAUCACAGUGGAUUUUCACACACCGUUAAUCUCUGAUCCGAAUUCAGACAACAACCACAAUAUUGACACUGAAAGUGAAACCUCUUCUUCCUUUACAGUAUUUGAGAUAGAAAAUCCUGUAUCGGACCGAGGAGCCAGACAUCCUAGGAGCUAUAAUCUUGCAAAGAUGCCGAGUACUUAUCCAAGAUCCCCUCCUGAAUAUCGGCCAGGUAGUGAACCUAUGUUUUCUUUGUCAGAAUCAAGAGUGGCUCAAUCGCCUCCACAAAGCCAACUCUUUAAAGACGUAUCUUCUAUGGAUGCGUCAAAGUCUCCAUCAAAUAAUGAUGUAAACAUGGAUGACGUAGGUGGUGCACAGUCCGAGGGAGACUCUUCCCCACCAAGACGCCCCAAAUACGUUUAUAAACCCAGGGACUAUUCGUUGCGACCUCGAGAGCCCUGGGAAUUUCCAGAUCCUUUUCCUCUGACGCCAUUACAAGGACUCACUGCUGCUAACCAGCCUGACUCAUCGCAGCGCACAUUCUCCACAGCCAGAGUUCAAAAUGACACCGCAGACGAUUUCAGAGCCAGAAGACGUCGACGCAGGCAUAUAAUCGAUGAAGAAGACUAUUCAGAUGAGGAUUGGGACGCUCAAGGGGAACCUAGAAAGAUUCUCCGUCUGCAUUACAAGGAAGUGAAAGACAAUGGCGAUGAGUGGGAGCCGUUGACUGAUGAAAAGGCCAGAGAAUUAAUGUUAAAAGGAAGAGUCGAUAAAUAUCAUAAUGUCAAGCUGUCAGACACGACGGGAAUUGAACUGUGUAAGCGAAGAGAGCUUGAAAUGUAUCAGCGAAGGAAGCUUGAAAAUGAAUCACGGAAGAAUCCUUCUUCGUCUUCCUCGGCGCAACAUUCAGAGCCUCACAAUGGUUCCAGGGCUAAUGAAGGCAUCGAAUCGAACACAGUAGCCAUAGGUCUACCUCCAACUCCAAGACCAAAACCAAGUCAAGGACAGCGGGUGCGGGUCAACGGAAAAUUAAUUACCCACGAAGAAAAGACUGCCAGGGAGAAGUCCAGUCGUGAGCUGGUUGUUGAAUUGCGUCAUUUACAGCUUGCGUCGAUGCAUAUCAUGGAAGUCCUCGGGCAGAAUAGGUCGAGCGGUGACAAAACUGUGAGAGAGCAAAAGAAGAGAGAAUUACAAGAUAUUCGGGAUGGAGCGGUAUCUAUGGAAAUUCCGGCAACCGAAGAUGAUCGACAAAGGGCCGCCCGAAUCAUUUUUGAUAUAAUAGAUUCUAACAUGCGAGCUAUCGCAAAUGGAUUUGGGCCCGACGAUGUGAAAAAUUCUUCGCGCUGGUUCUCUCAUGAUAGGUUUAUGAAUUAUAAUCGAUUAAUAUCAGCUCUAGAAACGGAGUCUGAUCAGCUAGAAGAACAAAUAUGUAUACUCCCCAGAAGCUCCGAGGGGUACAAAAUCAUGAAAAGUCGAUUGGAUUUUCUGCAAACAGAACAUGAAUAUUUGGAAAAGAGGGAGGAUUUCUACGUUGAUGAGACAAAUGACGGUGAGCAAUGGUGUAACGAUUACGAAAAUCAUAAUCCCCCUUUGAUAACGGGAGACCCACGCGUUAAUGCCGAAUACGGUGCAGCGAUAGGAAAAUGGAACUCACAGGCUUCACCGCAAACACUGGAGGAAGAGGAAGAUGAUCUUCAAAAGGCAAUAAGAAUGUCAUUGGGUGAAACUAAACCGGUCGAGCCGGUGAGAGAAGAUUCCAAGGGUAAACACAAACAAGUCAGGCCGCGACUUAUUCUGACUAUGCGCAAAGAUAAUGAGGGUUCGGCUGCACAAAGGUGCACACCAACCCACCAAAGUACCAAGCUUGCAACGGUUAUGUCAUCCGAAGCGCAUUGGAGAGACAGUACAUCACUUGCGCAAUUUCAAGAUGACUCAAUGGAUGAGACUGCAGCAUUUGAGAAGGCCAAGGCUAUGUCGCGUGCACAGUAUCGAAAUGAGAGUCCGCCACCCGACGACGAUGACUAUUAG